AUGCCUGAAUUCAAGGAUAAGCUGGUCUUGGUGACGGGGGCGGCACGGGGCCUGGGCCGCGGGAUGGCGUUCGAAUACGCGCAGCAAGGGGCACGGGUGAUCAUCACCGACAUCCUGGGCGAGCAGUUGACGGAGACGGCGCAGGACCUCAAGACGGCCGGACACACGGUGUGGUCGUUCCAGACCGACCUGGGCAGCGACAGCGCAGUGGCGGCGCUGGGCGAGCAGAUCAAGAAGGAGAUUGGGGUGCCGGACAUCCUGCACAACAACGCCAUGUACGCGCCGCACGGCACGGUGGAGAAUAUCGACAUCGACGGCACGCGCAAGGCGUUCGAGAUCAACGUGCUAGGCUACAUGCGCAUUGUCAAGGCCUUUGUCACUGAGUUCAUCGCCCGCGGCAGCGGCUGGAUCGUCAACACCGCCUCGCCCAACGGCAUUGCCCCGCCCGCGGCCUUUGCCGUCAACGGUAUCCCCUACAACAUGACCAAGGCCGCCGACAUCUCCUUCAGCCAGAGCCUGGCCGCCACGCUGCGGAAGCACAACAUCGGCGUCAGCGUGCUCUACCCCGGCGCCGUGUGGACCGGCGCCUCGGAGAAGCCGCACGGGAGCGCCAGCAAGGAGUUCGAGGCCGCCCUGCGCAAGUUCUUCCUGGCCCAGGCGGUCAAGCCUGAGGUCGCGGCCAAGGCGCUCUUGCAGGGCGUCCGGGAGGACAAGUUCUUCGUCACCUCGUUCCCAAACUUUGAAAAGGUCCUGGUCGAGUUUGCCCAGAACGGCUUGGACCCCAACGCCGAGUACUCGUGGGACGGUUGA